AAGCGACUCUAAAGAAAGGAUGGGAAUACGAUGGAGGAUGAACGUGGGCUGUACGACCCUGGAGGGCGUAGGCAGAAAACGAAUAGGCGAGUCACUCGGCUCGUGUGUGCCUUUUAUGCAAUUCUCUCCUCUCACCCCUUCCAAUUGCGGUCAUCACGUACGUGACAUUUUAUCUCUAGAUGAGAGCAAGAUGAAAAUAACGGAUCAAAAGAGAACGGAGGAAAGCCUCGGUCCUCUCCAGUCGGAUCGUCGCCAUGGAGAGAAGAGAGAGAAGAGGUCGUCGGGUCGGCCGAGGGAAUCAAUAGCAUUUUCUACGCAUUCGGAUCGAUACCCGGACCCGCUGGUGCUUUCGCGCGCAAAUCACACUACAUAUAUGUAGAUGGCUGCAACGUGCGAAACGCGGAGAUAAAUCGACGGGACCUUCGUGAUCCGGCGAAACGAGAAACGGCAAUUAUUCGGAUACAACAAAUUUUAUUACUCUACGAAAAAUCAGAAAUAAAUAUUUGAUUCAACUGUACAGCUAAGAAUCGAUGCAGAGUCGUUUUUUUUUUUUUGUGAUAACGCAAUUUUAGAUUCCUAUUUAC